AUGGUAGAAAAAAAUAAACCCCCUGCUGCAGACCCCCUGCCCAGACCCCCUGCUGCAGAGCCCCUGUCCAGACCCCCUGCCCAGACCCCCUGUCCAGACCCCCUGUCCAGACCCCCUGCUGCAGAGCCCCUGUCCAGACCCCCUGCUACAGACCCCCUUCCCCAAACCCCCCGUCCAGACCCCUUCCCAGACCCCCCGUCCAGACCCCCUUCCCAGACCCCCGUCCAGACCCCCUACCCAGACCCCACGCAGCAGACCCCCUGCAGCAGACCCCCUGCAGCAUACCCCCUUCCCAGACCCCCUGCAGCAUACACCCCUUUCCAGACCCCCUGCAGCAUACCCCCUUUCCAGACCCCCUGCAGCAGACCCCCUGUCCAGACCCCCUGUCCAGACCCCCUGCAGCAUACCCCCUGUCCAGACCCCCUGCUGCAUACCCCCUGUCCAGACCCCCUUCCCAGACCCCCUUCCCAGACCCCCUUCCCAGACCCCCUGCAGCAUACCCCCUUCCCAGACCCCCUGCUGCAUACCCCCUUCCCAGACCCCCUGUCCAGACCCCCUGCUGCAUACCCCUCCCAGACCCCCUGCCGCAGACCCCCUUCCAGACCCCCUGCAGCAUACCCCUGUCCAGACCCCCUGUCCAGACCCCCUGCUGCAUACCCCCUUCCCAGACCCCCUGUCCAGACCCCCUGCUGCAUACCCCCUUCCCAGACCCCCUGCAGCAUACCCCCUGUCCAGACCCCCUGUCCAGACCCCCUGCUGCAUACCGGAGCGGCAUUGAUGUGA